UCCACCCUUUCACACCCAGACAAGCGACCAAAACAACACUCCACAUUCUCAGGGACAGGCGCUUCGAAGAUUCACAUUCUGGGCGAGGAGAGACGCGGCGACAACAUAAUCUGUAGCUAUCAUUCAUGGGGAUGUUUAAUUUAAAGUGUAUGCACUCCAUGGAAUACUAAUUAGCUAAGCUCGGGGUAUUAGUCAUGGUGCUGUAGAUAUGGUCUUCCUUGUUCUAAGAAUUCCGUUUGAUGUCUCUAGCUGGUCCUUUGUGCUCGUAUUUCAAAUUAACGUCAUUCAAGGAAAAUAGGCUGCAUGAAUAAAAUAGCAUGAAUUUAAUAGAAAUCAUAAGUCUAUGAUUAUCUUUCACUUUUAAAUCAAAUGGAGGAAGAGGAUAAUGAUGACGAAAACGUGUGGAACGCAUCGGCUGUUAUUCUGGACAUUGACUCAGGAUCCUGGGCAGACCGCUCACCCCUGCAUGAUGCUGCCUGUCAGGGACGCCUUCUGGCACUGAGAACCCUCAUUUUACAGGGUCACAAUGUCAAUGUUCUGACUAUAGACCACGUGACGCCCCUUCACGAGGCCUGUCUUGGAGACCAUGUUGCUUGUGCCAGAGCUCUCAUCGACGCAGGAGCAAAUGUCAAUGCUUCUACAAUUGAUGGAGUCACCCCUCUGUUCAAUGCCUGUACAGUGGGCAGUGUCGCAUGCACUGAAAUUCUUUUGGAAAAUGGAGCAAAAUCCCAGAGUCUUGUGUACCAUCCUUCACCGAUACAUGAAGCGACCAGCAAAGGUCAUUACGGUUGUGUGGAGGCUCUGGUGACUUGGGGGGCAGAUGUGGACAUGGACAUCCCUCACCUGGGCACAGCUCUCUAUACGGCAUGCGUCUGCCAAGAGCUGGAGUGUGCCAGGAAACUCCUGAGGGAAGGUGCAAAUGUACAGAAAGGCAAAUCCAUGGAUUCGCCCUUACAUGCAGCCGCAGAAAAAGACUGCACGGCCGUAGUGAAGCUGCUGUUGGACUUUGGCGCAGAUAUCAACGCCAGGAACACAGAGUUUCAGAGGCCAGUAGACGUGGCUCCACCCAGCAGUCUAACAGAGGGCUUCCUUCUGCUCUACGAAGCUACACCACGUCUACUGAGCCAGCUGUGUCGUCAGUGCAUCAGAAACUGCGUCGGCCGCGACAGACUCCACCUUCUCUCUCACCUUCCCCUGCCAAACAGGAUCAAGAGCUACCUGCAGUACCACUGACAGGCACAGCAGUCCCAGCGUCUGCCUAAGUGGGACUCCCAGAAUUAAGCCUUUGACACCAACAGCACAUUAACUCCACGAACUUGUCCUAACUUUCAUUUUAGCUACCAGUCACCACAGUGAGAGCAAUUAAUUUGAAUUAGCCACAGAGGGGCCACUGAGUAGCUGACAGUACCAAGCUGUGCUGAGCUGGCCUGUUUCCCAUGUGUGGACCUGGAUGAAUGUGAAGCUGCUAAAAUGAGCUUCCAGGCUUAGUGUUGCCUGGAUUCAUUACAGAGAAAAAAGUACAUCAUGCAUAUUAUUUAAUUUUCUUCUUCUGUGGUGUUUAGAAAAUGCCUUAACAGUUUAAACAGCUACCCGAGAGUGAUGCACUUUAAAAACUUUACAUGAGAUCAUGAUAUCAUAUAAAUGCACAUUAUAUGUAAGGAAUAUAGAAGGAGUAUUGUUGUUGUUUCACGUUUUCUAUCUAAUUCCCUGCUAGGUUAUUAAAAUUGGUUUGGAAACACAA